AUGAGCGAAAGCAAGGGGAGAAUAAAGUUAAAAAUUCAUCUCGGAAAUGAGGCGGAGAAUAAGGACCGAGCAGUGGCGAGCGAGAAGGGGAAACCCGUCAAAUCGAUCGACUUGAAGAGGAGGAGUGGUCAUGAAGAAGAUGCGUCAGAUGGGAGAAGGGACGAAGGAGAGAGCAGCGAAACGCUGAACGAACGAUACGGGGGCAGUUGCAAAGGUCGCAAGAAGCACAGGAGGGACAACCUCGAAGAGAGAAUUACGACCAUCAUUUCGAAGCUGACCAGAAUAGCCUGCAUUUGUGAGGACAAGAACAACCACGUCACUGACAACAACAGUGUAACGCACAGUCGGGAGAAUAGCAACGAGGGAAGCCGCGACCACAGCCGAGAGGAUAGCCGCACACACAGUAAUGAUAACAGCCGGGAGUACAGUCGGGGGUAUAGCGGUGGGUGCAGCGUCGAGAACAGCCGCGAGGACAGAAAAGAAAAUAAAAACUCCCGCAUCUGCAGGAAACUUACCAAGGAAAUGUACAAAUACGAAAAGAGUCUCAUGAGUCUCAAUAGCUUUAUUAACGAUAGGAAGAACACGCUGGAUGAAAUUACCUUCCCUAACGGACUAAUCAGAGCAGUGGAUAACUACCAAAGUGCAGACGUUUGGAUUUAUAAUUACCUUCUCGUGGAGUGCAAGAAACAGAGCGAUAAGUAUCGUAACUUAAUACAGAACAUUGCCGCGUUCGAUAGCACUCUCAGAAAUAAAAUUAUGAAUGAAGAGGCUCAUGGGAUCACGAUGCCUGUGUAUGCCCCCGUUGCUCCCAGUAAGCUGGGGGGCCUUCCAAAGGGAGGGAAGAACUACUAUGAAAAUGUGCACGUGCCGAAGGAGCUCGCGGGGGCAUACUUUGAAGAAUUGAAGAGGCGCAAGACGGGGGGUGGGGGGUGA